ACAAUCUUGGACAUGUACGCAGCAUUUGCUGUUGGAAAGGGUUCUCGUUCUUUCUUUGUAUAAUGGCUUCCAAAGAGGCGAUCAUCGGUGCAUACCGCUCUCUGUACCGUUCGGGUCUUCGUGCCGUCCAAUACUCCGCACCUGCGCGUUACACCAUUCGCGAUCGUCUUCGUCGAGCCUUUCGUGAAUGCCCCAUCGAGGACUUCGAGCCACAUCGCAUCGCCAAUACCCUCGAGUUCUUGGAUGGUGCUCGUAAAAGCAAUGGUUUGGAGCAUAAAGUUCUGCGCAGCUUGCUAAUGACUUGGUACUUUGAGCCUUACCAGUGGGCUAAGAGAGGGAAUGCUAGGGAUAAGGUUGACAGGGUUGCGCGCAUGAGGGCAUAUGACUGCUUUCAUCAUACGCUGAGGAUGUUGAAUGAAUCAAUGGGUCUAUGCCUUAAGUGAGCAAGUCGCGGAUGGCUACAUUUGUAAUACACUCCAGAAGAGCGUUGGACGGAUCGGAACGUCUUGAGCUGUCUACAUGAAGGACUUCCACUCAGGGCAUGGAGGAGCAAACAUCAAGAGGCACCGUGAAGCUUCUAACCGACUACGUCGAUCGCGGAAUCGAGACGUACUCGCUCCCACCUACAUUCACAUAAAGUCGUCCUCGAAAUCACUUGCGCGAUCUUGGUUGCUGCUAGCGGCAAUUGCCUCCUCGUCAUUCAUGAAAUCAUAGGCGUGGUCGCGUUCGUACGCCUUCUUCUUGCGCUCCUGCUCCAGGCGUUUCUCUUCUUUCUGCCGCUGCUGUUGGGCAGCUCGGUCACGGGCUCGCAGCUCCUUCUUGCGAUCCUCACGCUCCUGACGGAGAUCAGGAAACUUUUCGACCUUAGUUUUGUUGAGACGGUUGACGAUAUGGUUCAGUCUUUGCUCGACGUGGACUCUUUUGACCUGAUAGGGUUUUAUGAGCUUUCUGCGAAGGAUCGUUCAUAAAGGAGACUGGUGGAAGGCCAACAAGAAUGGCCAGAAGUGAGUCAAAGAUAUAAGGGUGAAUAUGGACGAAUUAGCUACAAAUAGAAUCAAAUGAAUCACUCACCUUCUUCG